AUGUCCGUGGACACGCUCGAGUCGAUUUACAUCGGAAAGAGCGCGUUCGAUUGGCAGAUGUACGCGACAAUGAUCGACGACCUGCAGCCACGUACGAUCAUUGAUAUCGGUUCUUGGGCUGGUGGCAGCGCGCUGUUUUUUGCGGACUUCGGGCAGAUGUUAGUGGGCGAUGCAUUCAGCAAAGUCGUUAGUUUGGAUGUCACGCUGAAGAACGUCCGUGAAAAAGCUCGGGCCCAUCCCAAAAUCGUUUUUCACGAAUGUAGCACCGAGCGCUUCGAGGACUUGUUCACUGACGCUUUUGUUGCGGAGCUGCCGCACCCGUGGUUGGUGUCCGAAGAUGCACACCAGCAUUGUGCGACAACUAUUCGCCGGUUGCACGAGAUUCUGAGAACCGGCGACUAUUUGGUGGUGGAGGACACAAGCGUGCAAAUGCAAGAUUGGUUCAAAGCCAACCUCGAUGAGGAGGAAGCCGAGGAGGAACGCAGACUCACGAGAGAAGGCAUCGAACACUUGAGAACCAAAACUGAGGCCCUGGCAAACUUCUGCCGCACGCACGGUGAGCAGUACCGUUGUGACACGAAGUAUUUGGACAUGUUCGGCUACAAUGUUGGCAAGCACUGGAACAGCGACAGACAGGCAGCCGAGCUCCAGCCAGAUGUGCCGGGGCGAUUGCCAGAAGCACAAGCGGUUCUUUCGCAGGAGGACCUCGUCGAUUAUUCUGACGAGGAGGCUCCCGUGAAGAUUCAGCAGCAACUUCCCGGUUCAGAGCACUGGCACACUUCCCAGCCAGCUUCAAGCGAGCGGCUUGAGGCCUUCCAAGCCUUGCAGCGGUUGCACCAGAGGAAGGCCUUUUCUGUCUCGCCAGAUGGUGUGACCAGUCAGGUGAUGCCAGCAUUCUUGGCAUCAACUGCGCAGUCCACUUUCUACGAGACCCAGGCAGCAGCCCAAGUCAAGAGACCCAUGCGCAACUUCCCCACACAAGACACCGUUCCAGUGCAGAUGUCCACGAAUGACAGCCUGGAUGGCUUGGAAGACCCCGCAACCUUCGAGGAGGAGGAGGCCUUCGGGUCGCGAGGUGGAGCGUUUGCUUUGCUGGGGGCACCGCUGAAGCGCCAAGCAGGUGCUUCGUGCCAAGACGAGGAUGAGAGCGACGCUGCUCUCGCAGCAUUGGCCAACAUGUUGAAGGAGGACGACGAUCUGGAGGAAGUGGAAGACGAGGAAGCUCCCGCAGAGGAUGGCACCGGAAAGAAGGUCAACUCGGUGGAUGCAGCUGACGAAGAUGACGUUGACAUUGAGGUGGAAGUGGAGGCGGAGGAGGACGAGCUACCGAUUGUCAAGGCCAAGGGAAAGGCUUGGCAGGCCAAAGCAAAAGGUCGCGGCAAAGCGAACGGCCAGUCGGGAAAGGGCAAGAACAAGUCCAAGAGCAAGCCUGCAGACAAGCCUGCGAAGGGCCAGAGUAAAGGGAAGGGGAAAGGCCAAGUAGCCUCAGAGAAGAAGGAGCCCGAGGAAGAGGAUGACGAGGAGGAGGACGACGACGAGGACGAAGAAGAAGAAGAAGACAUUGGAAUGAGCAAGGGGAAAGCUUGGCUCAAAGGCAAAGGCAAGGCAACCAGCUCUUCAGAUGGAGGCCAAGGACGAGGACAGAAGUCGGAUGAUACAUGGAAAAGUGACAAAGGCUGGGGCAAGAAGGGGAAGGAUUGGUCCUCGAAGGGCUGGAAAGGAAAAGGCGGCGACUGGUGGUCUCCGGACUGGUGGUCCUGGAAAGGCAGCUGGGGCAAGGGAGCUUGGGACACAAGUUCCUGGAGCAAGGGGGACUGGGGCAAAGACGGCUGGAGCAAAGGCGGCUGGAACGAGGACUCUAAGAGUGAGGAUUCAAAAGCCGAUGCUCGGCGCUGGAGAGAGCCGGUGCCGGAGCCGAGUGAACCCCCUCGCCAGCGGCAGCGGCGCGAAGAGCCGGUUCCGGCACUUCCUGAGGUCAGCGAGCCCACCACCCGUGAGGAGUGGAUGCGAGCUCAAGACCGAUUUUUCGGGCAUCUUCGUCCACUUCCGCCUGACUGGAUCAGGAUCAAGUCCAAAAGCCAGCGAACCAUUUACUACUACAACACGAAGACGGGAGCUGGCCAAGCUGGAGCAGACGUUUCUGGGCGUCGCCUCAGGUCGGAGUUGACGAGUGAAGAGGCAUUUUCAACACUGCGCGCCGAUGCUCGGCGCCUUCUGGCAGCUAGGCGAUCGUCUGACGUCACCGAGCCUGAGCUGGAAGCACAGGUGAACGACUUCCUCAAGCGAUCCUGGGCAAACAUCGUGACCAAUGCGCAGGGUGAUGGUGCGGAGCAGCCUCCCAAGAAGCGCGCCCGGAGCGCGAAGACCCCCAGUGAGCCCAAAGGCACGAGCUCGAAGGACCUCGUCCUUGCUGACCUACUGCAGGCGCCCAAGGCGCAACAGAUCGCAGGUCCAGCACGAACGGGCGGCCGGCGCCAAGGCGUGGCUGCAGAGACCCCUCGCGCCGUUGCGCGUGGCCCGGUUUUGCCAGCCGUCGCUGCCGACGGCGAGGCGCGACGGCGCUAUGCGGAGGCAGCUGCUUUGGACGAGGUCGUCAUCGGCUGGCACACGAGCUCUGUGGAUCCAACGCCCAUCCGGCUUGUGAGAAAAGGAAAGGAAUUGGUGCAGGGAGAAGUCUUCGAAACACAAAGUGACGAAAUUCGUAAGGAGUACCCAGAUGCUCCGAUUGCCAAAGCCCACCGCGCCAAGUACAACUGGGUUGCGGAGACCGCAGGGAACCGCUUUACAAGAGAUCCCACAAAGAUGCUUCCCGUAGUGCGCACAUCGGGAAUGAUUGGGAAAUGGUGUUGCGACGUCUGUGGCAAGACCAUGUGCGGGCAGUUGUUUGUGUUCCGAGCAUUUCUCCGAAAAGAGCAUCUACGUGGUUCCACAGACAGGCGCUUAGACACGUUCGUGGCCUACAUCUCCUUCCGUUGCGGCCGUGGCUUGCUGGGACAGCUCACAGAGUACACACGCUUCAAAGAAGAGGUUUACAGAGCAGCACUCAGCCUCACUACAACAGCGGUGGAUAUCGAUGAUGCUCGUUCUCAGCUGGAGGAGUCCAUGCGUCGCAGCAGCCGCGAGGACCGGCAGUUUCUGAUUGACGAGUUGGAACGACUGGCUGGAGUUGGUGUCUUCGGCGCCACCAAGACGGCAGAGAUGGAAUCCGUGGAGCAGAUGAUGCCUGGUCAAGGCAUGGUCCUCAUGCGCAGUGCCGAGGACGUUUUCCGGGCGAUGGCUCGGACCCUUGCGCCACGUGUCAACGCACGGCUUCUUGCAGCCGCGGCCGUGGCAGUUACGGACGAAGCGGAGCUGGAGGGCUACCUGCAAGGUGCUGCAGCGAGCCUCGGGGCCGGUGGGCCGUUGCCGCAGGCCCCUUUGAGGUCGUCGUUCCGGGAGGUAGUCAACUGCAUCGAAGCCGUCCUCCGUGCUUCCAACGGAGAAGAUGCUGGCUGCCUUCGGGUGGAGCUGGCGUGUUCUUGGGACUCCAGUAUCAAGGUGUUUGGUCCUGCCAAAGCCGCUGUGACCAUUCGCCUUGGCUACCUGCAAGCGAGGAAGGCGCUGCAUGCGUUUGCGCCGUCGUCAAGGCUAUCCAAAGAAGAGGCCUCGGCGCUGCAGCAUCGUCUAGAGCAGGAGCUGCCCACCUCAAAAGGCAUCAUGAUGCGUGUGGCUCCGGGGGAGGCUGCGGACCCGCUGCUUGUGCCACUGAAGGCAGAUGGCCCAGAGAAGAAGGUCAGAGUUUGGGAGGAUUGGGUACCGGCAAUCGAUCAAGGUGACGAGGUGGCAAAGUGGCUAUCAAGCUACUUGCGGAGUGAUGGCCUGCGUCUAGUUAGAAUCGCCAAGACGGCUCAACGAGUUACGGACCCCAAGUACGGCGUUGGAGAGACUGCCUUCUCUGACGGCUUCCCAGUGCUUGUGACAUCGCAAGCCUCCAUCGAUGCGAUUCGCCGAAGAGUGAAGAAUGCAGGGGGCCCGGUUGUGGGCAUCGAUCGCUUUCGACCGAACAUCCACGUGGAAGGUUGUGGGCCUUUUCAAGAGGACGAGAUGCGGUCAUUGUCUCUUCCAGGUGUUGAGCUGCCGUUGGUGAAACCAUGCUCCCGCUGCACUGUCCCUGGAAUCGACCCGCAGACCGGGACGCGAACGACGAAGACUGGAGGCGCUAUGACAAAGACCCUGCGAGAACACCGUUCUGGACGUUUGAUGGCCCAGAGAGCAGCACUGCACAAGGGGUUCUUUAGCGAAUCCAGAAGAGCAGAUGAUGUUUAUUUUGGGCAGAACGCGCUGGUGUUUCUCGACCACAGCGGAGUGGAGAUUUCCGUCGGUGACACUGCAGCCGCGCCACAUUUUGCCAUGCGCCAGCUCGUGGGCCACAAAGGCUUCGAGCAGCUGUUCGGCUCCGAGAUCAACGAGAACCCGCGGCGCUUUAUCCUGAGGAACUGCAACACCAAGCACCUCUUCGAGGACGUUUGCUACGUCAUGCAAGGUUCUGGGGCCUGUGCUCGUCAUGGCGGCCGCUGUGCCGUGCCAGACGGGGAGGUGGACAUUUUCGUCGGAGGUUUUCCUUGUACUCCGUAUUCUUUUUGCAAUCCCAAGCGGUUCAAGAGGAACUGCUUUACUGAACCUGCCGCUGUGCCCUUCUUCGAGAUGCGAAAGUUCAUCGCGGAGAGGAGACCGCGGCUGGUGAUCCUGGAAAAUGUGAAGGGCUUGCUCGCACCGAAUCCGGAGACCGAGCACCCUCCGAUCGAUUUUAUUCUUCGAGGCCGAAACCCUGAAAGCCAAGAAGAUUGUUAUCAGGGCACUGAGCCCAACGCGGACUGGGGGUUGAGCCUCAUCGAAGGCUAUGGGCUUCGAUGGGACAUAUUGUAUUCUUACGAUUGGGGCCUUCCGCAAAGCCGGCCCCGUGUGUACAUCGUCAUGGUUAGGGAGGAUGCUGGCGGUCAGAAAGCUGCCGAGCGCAUCUUCGAUGUGCUGACUGCCUGUGCCGGUCGACUUCCGCGAGGGUCAUGCAACGAUUUCCUUUUCCCAGAGGGUCAUCCGAAGCUGGAGCUGGCAAAAUCACGUGUCGGCAAGAGCGGAGGCGGUCCGCGCAAGGCUUGCACCAAGUUUACCGAAGCUCUGUUCAGGACAAAGCGACAAGAACUGGGCAUCGCGGCCUCGGAUCGACCUUACUCCAAGGAGCGCGCUGCCGGCUGGUUUCCACAGGCUACCGAAAAAAUGGUGCAACAGCUUGACAUCAUCUAUGCCAUUGCAGAGAAGCAGGGCUUGGACUUCAAUUUCCUGCUUGCCGAUCUCAGCCAGCAGGCUAGGCCGGUCAUCGGAGCCGUUCUUUUUGCUGGCCUGGUCUCGCUGGACUGGGGUGAGGGCAGGCGCGCAGUGGCCAGGUCCUCGCUGCCCUCCCCGCUCGAGCAGCGGCCGGACAUCCGCAAGAUAGUCGAGAACUCCGUGGUUCUGGCCAAGGUGACUCCGUCCCUGGUCGAUGAUGAUAACGAGGAGGCAGCGGAUGCCCUUCAGGCUUCAGAGGCCUCCUCAGCCGGCGAGACGGAGGACCCCUGGUCGCAUUGCGAGGCCGUGCGAAUGGAGAUUGGUACCUCAGAGCAGGAGCUGGCGCUGUCCAGACGAGCAGCUGUGACAAAUGACAGCUCUUCACAUCCAUCGCCCGGGGGAUGCUGCUUGUCUUUGGAGGAGCUCUCGCAUGAACCUGCGAAGCGCGAGAAGAUGGACAAGGCAAGCUCGGAGCCAAAGAAGGCGGGGCUGGUGGCGGCCAUCCAGGCUGUGGCUGUGGAGAGCACUAACGAGGAGGAUCAGGAGGUGGAAGGGGAUGGUACUGGCUGGAGCGAGCGCUACAGCAAGAUUGAAAGCCGGAGCGCAGCCAGCAUUUUUUCCGGUCCGACCGGUGUGGACUUGGAGUUGCAGACACCUAGAGUGCAUUGGGCCAUGACGUUUCGAAAUCUCAGGAAGGUUCCGGAUCGACAGCUUUGUCGCUGGCUGCAGGAAGCCUCCAUGGAGCGGGAGGAGCGCAGUGAUUCAGCGAAGUUCGUGGUGAAGUCCUUGCAGGUCUUCAGCGACGCGCGGGACUCUGACCUGACCAACCUGGCCGGCGAAGGACUUUCCGAAGCCGUGGAGCAGCUGUGGAGCAAACUGCGGUUCUCCGAGGCCAAGGCUCUGAGGGGUCGGCUGCUGACGGCCAACCUGCUCUCGAAGCUGUCCACCAGUUCUCUCGACGGCUUUGAUUCAGAAGCCUGGCUGAACAAGGCUGCAUCGCUCGAGGGUGUUGAGCUUUCGUCGCAGAGGGCGAGGCUUCUUCAGGGGCUUUCUGGCAGUCGGCGCCGAUCGGCUAGGCUGCUAGCAUCGCUUCUGCGGAGAUGGAACCACGAAAGCGUGGGGGAUCAGGAACUUCUGUGGACUCAGAAGGCCGUAGAGUCUUUGCAAAAGGCCUGGACCUCGACAGAUUGUCCGGAAGCUUGGGUCAGCUUCGCCAACGUCGGCAGGAUAAGCAAGAGCUGCCUCGAGAUUGCGAAGAAGUGUGGCUGGUGGCACUGGCAGAAAGGUGAGAACCAGAAUCGGCCGAAGUCCUCGCAGAGCUUCCGCGAAAUUGCGCACAAGCUGCAGACUGAAGUCUUCGCAUGGCGCCUGGGGCGUGCCCUGGCAUCUGCGACGCCAAAGGAUUUCAGUCAGUACGAUGCACUGCAGCUGGAAUCAGAGCAGAUGUCCAGCGAGGAAGCCGGCUUCGUGAUUCUUCGCCAGAGUGCUGCAUGGAAGUUGCUGCAGCACGUGAAGCUCCAGGGCCCCAAGACGGGCGAUCUGGAUUUCACCAUUGCGAGCCAGGAAUCGAUCGAGGAUUUUGCCAGGGUCAUGACGACACUUCGUGCCGUGCGUGAGGGCUUAGACUUGUCAGAGUCCACAGACCGCAGCCAUGACCUGGCAAGCCCAGGUUGCUUGCCUUCUGUGGCCGCGAUGCUCCACGCCCAAGGCCGGAGGCUGCGAGUCGGAGUCAGCUUCUGCACGUCCCAUGCAGAUCCUGUGCGGCUGGAACGCUUCCACGCAUCAGAGCAGAACCUCCACGAUUGCUUGAAGACAAGGCUGAGCUCGCACCUCCAGAUGAAGCUCGGCAACUGGUCGCUUCCGUCGCUUCCACAACGUCAGUGGGAGCAGGAGCUUCAGACCCGGAUUUCAGAGUCGAGCAACCAGCUCAACAUCCUCAUGAAAGGUCUGGCGAAUCUGACCUUUGCGGGCCAGUGCGGCAGCAAAUUGCUGGCCGGGCAGGUCGUCAUGGGUGAAACCAAAACCAUCUGCAUGGAAGCCCAGGAGUCGCAAGCGCAGGCCCAGCAGGUGCACAGCAUAAUCCAAGAAAGAUGUGCCAGAUUGCUUCUUUUCAGGCAGCUCGUGCUAGCCAGCAAUGGCAGGGGUUUGCUGGAGAAUCGGGAAGUGGUCAGCAUUUUCAUUGCAAUUCUGGAUCAGCCGACGGCUGCGACGACACUUUGGCAGGAGUUGCAGAAAAGCCUGGAGAAGACCAAAAGUCCUGAGUGGAGACGAGUCUUCGAAUCUGCAGUUACUGCUUUCCAGGACCACAUUCCGCUGCAGCCGGGCUGGUCGCUUAAUUUCUCCCGAGCCGGACUCCGCUUCUUUCAAUUCGGAGAGGGCCGCGACAUCCAGACGAGCUGGGCAUGGCCUUUGGGGACGCACGUGAACACCCAGUGGGGCAACGCGGCGCCAACGACGCCGCCCAAUGCCAAGCCCGACCACGAGGAGCGAAACGACGGACAGGAGAUUGGACUGAUGACCCCACCGCAGCAUGGCGAGCCAACAACCCCGAGCAGCAGCGAGAGGCGACUUCUGGCUGCGAAGGAGUCGCCUUCGCCGCCAGCCCCGGGGAAGCCCGUCAGGUCUGCUCCCAGCCAGCACAUCGCCGUCGUCCUUCCAGAGCAGCUCAUGAUGAAGCCGCCCAAACCCACUGCAAGGCCCAACCUCCUUCGAGUGCCUGAGACACCCCGGCCGGGUACUGUGCCACAGACGCCGCAGCCGCCGCAGCCGGGUCUUGUGCCGCAGACCCCGCGACCGGAUGCUUCGUCGGAGAGGCCCUCAGCUCCGGCGCAGACGAAAGCAGGACCGGAAGAUCGCAAACUCGCGCUCCAGUCGCAACGUCCUGCGGAGCCUGCCGGUGAACCUCCCAAGCGGCACAAGGGGGUGAACCCCCCACCACCGCCUGCAAAUGGACCAAACAGGCCAAGGAUGAUGCAUGCGAGCCACAGCGUACCGACCCCGCCACCAACACCCGUGGUACAGCCAGCCGCCUCUGUGGUGCCAAAGCGAAGUGCAGCUUACGGACCCCGCGGGCAUGUCUCCACUGCUGAGCCACGCAGAACCCCGAGGCUCAGCAGCAACCAUUCAACUUCAAGUGGCGACACGACACCCUUCGUUCUCGCUUUGUUGUAUGCAUCUCCACUGCUUGCAUAUAGCCUUGUGGCUCUCAGUGCGCUGGGCCUUUUCGGUUUCGCUGAGCCCAUGGACGCUCGACAGCGGCGACCAAAGGGCCGCCGGGUGGUAGCUGCUGCUGCACUGGCAGGUGCUGCGCACUGUGGAGUCUCGCUCUCGUUUGCCAAUCCCGGCCCCCAGUCACGUUUGCCUUUGUCCAGGGCAGGGGCGCUCGAGAGAAGCCCACAUCCACCUGUGACGGCCACUAGGGCUCUUGGUGAAGUCGAGGUUGCCUCGUAUGCGGCUCCUGCCGCCGGUGUGGUUGCGGUGGCCCUCCUGGGCUCAGCGGCGCAGCUGCAGCGCGGGCUGGGCCUGGAGCCUCCGUCGGAGGCCAGCGAUGGCUUUUUUGGUCCGAAGCGCUGGCGCAUUCGGACUUUGGCCAUUGCAGGUACCUGGAUAGCGUUGUUGGCUUAUUCUGUGCUCCUGGCGCCUGGAAAGAGUCCAGACGAGCGCGUGGCGGAUCAGGCUCUGAUCCAGCAGAUAUUCACAACGCCCUUCGACGGCUCGGUGAACCCACUCUUCUGCUGCAUCUUCAACAUGCUAGGCAUCUGGCCGAUGAUCUACGCCGCGACUUUGCUGCCGGGAGCCGAUCGUCAGUCGCCGGCGCCGGCACUGCCGUUCGUGGCUGGUUCUUUCUUCCUCGGUGCUUUUGCGCUCAGCCCUUACCUGGCGCUGCGUGAGAACAGGUCUGUGGCAGGUCAAUCAGGAGAGAUUGACUGGGCCACGGCGAACAUCCUCGAGAACCGCUUAACUGCUGUGGUCCUCCUUGCUUUCGCUGCCUAUUUGGCGCUUUUUGCUGUGGGAAACGGGGCGAUCGGUGGCUUCUCGCCCUCCGAAGCCUUGUCUGGCUUCAUGCCAGUCUUCGGCAGUAGUUUGACUGCCCACGUGUCAAGCCUUGACUUCAUGGUGCUUUGGAUGCUUUUCGGGCCGGUCCUGCUGGAAGAUGGACGCCGACGAGGUCACGUUAAAUGA